GAGUAUUAUCAUCGUCAUUAUUUUAGAAUAGGGAUUCUCUGUUAAGUGAGUUUCCUUUUUGAAAACGCUAUAUCUGUAAAAAUGGCGGGCUGAAGCCAAAAAAAAACCCAAAGCCCUCUCCGUUCCAUUCACUAAAUCGAUCUUUCUUUCCUAAUCGAAUGUAAAGUGCCCAACUUUCGAAAGAUGCAGAGCAAUGUGGAAGACAGUAUUCGGAAGAAAAUGGAGGAAUUGAGUCUGGUUUGCGACAGAGAGAUCGCGAUUCAGCAACAGAGAAUCGAUUCAGCCCAUUCGACGUUUCGGAAAUUCCUCCAAGAUGCCCAGUUGAAAGCUCAGGAAACCCUCGAAAUUCAAGCAAAGCUACGGAUGCUGAAAGCUGAGUUGAGGACAGUAGAAGCUGAAUUGGUGAAAACCCUUGCAGCAAAGACCAGAAAAGAGGCAGAGCGGUUGGCCACCGUUGAUUCCAUAGCUGCAACAAAAGCUAGACUUGAAGGAUUGAAAGGUCUCAUUGAAGAUCAAAGGGCUCGGAAAAAUGAAUAUGCAGAAAUAAUAUCGCAGCAAUCUGGUGCUCUCAUGGAACUUGAGGAUCUACAUAACAGAAGCAAUGGUCAGCGGGAAGAAGUUGAAGAUGCUAUAUCGUGGUACAGUAAAGUCCUUGGGUUUCAGAUUGAAUGCGGGCAUGGGGUGAAAUUUGUAUUUACCAACAUUGACUUCAAGAAUCCUAAUCGGCAGUACUCCUUCACGGUCCGAUACGAGUCUGAUGUGUACACUUUACUUGAUUGUGAUCCACCUCUGAGCCACACAAAGGAGUUACUUGAGGAGUUAAAUCAAACCAAUGGCCUGUUUAAGUUUGUGAGAACCAUGAGGGUGAAGUUUCAAGAGGCUACAGCACGUGGAAACUUUCCACAAGUUAUAUCGAAUGAUCAAGACACUUCAGCCAUCUCCUUGUCUGCUCCAGUUUCUUCAGUUUCAACUGACUGUGGUAGUGAAUCUCCAGGCAAGAGAAAGGAGCUCCAGCCCGUGGACUUUAACAGGCACUCCAAAAGGACUAGCAACACCAAAGGUAGUAGACAAGCAAUUUUGUCACCGGGUUCUGCUUCAUCUCUUCGUCGCUCGCCACGCUUUAAGGUACUUCACGUUAAAUGAGCGAAAAAUGAACUGAUAUUCUUUCCAACAACGACCCCAUUUUUUAAAUUUAUGACUACUGUUAGAUUUGUUUUGGGAGAAGGGGGGUUCCAUUGGUGGAGUUAAAGAUUUUUCUUUCAUCUGCUCUCAAAAUGCAUGUGCUACGAUAGUGAAGAAAAUAUAUACGAGUCACAGAGAGUUGUUUUGAACCAUAGGUCUUCUUGUAAACCAAAGUUCAUCACCUUUUAAACCUGAGCGUAGCCACACUGAUAGGGAUACAAUUUUUAGACAUAGACAUGUUAGUCAACUUGCUCCAAAAAAAAAAUAAAAUUCAUUACUCAACAAGGUAAUAAAGGGAACUUUUUUUGUGUGUUCUAAGAAGAAGUUAAGAUUGGAAAGCUUAUAACAUGGCAAGAUAAAAUGGAGAUAGAUUAGCUUUGGUGAAUUACAAAUGCUGCUAGGGUGUUUUGAGUUCUGAAAUGUGAAUAUAUUCUCCCAGAAUAAGCUACAAGUCGAAAAAAGGAAGAACUAAGUCCAAGGUGGAAUUGUUGCUUAAUAAAACUCAACAAGCAGCAGUUAGAGAGGAAGUGAUAGAAAAGAAUAAUCUGCGAAUACAUUUUUUUUUGUGUCAACCAAAGCAUAAUAUUGAAUGUUUUAAGCCUAAGACAAAGAGUACGAGUUACGGUCCUGAAAUGGUCUAAUUUGUUUUAGGAAGAUGCAUAUAUCCCUUCUCCCUACCCCCCACAUCCUGACAGCUUACAUGUUCUGACCUGAUCUGAAUCAUUUUGAACUUUUGACAGGUACAGAAAUGAUGAUCAGUAUUCACUUCAACUGAUCACUUUUGUUUAUUAUACUUUCACCUACUUUUGAGUGACUGUAGGCCUGUAUCACAAGGUAAAAACUAGCUUUCUGUACCGUCAAUGAGUAGGUUAGACAGGAAACCUCAUCUUCCGGUCUUAACCAUAAUUUUAUGCUGGGUGAAAUACAUCAUCAAUGUGAAAUAUGUGUAGUACAUGCCAUCUCUGAACUGUUAUUUGACUAUGGCAUAGACAAUUCACUAAGCUCCUGUGUAGAUUUAGCUUCGGUUUUCUGUGCAGCAUUUAUAACUAGUGUAUUUCUUGUAAUGUCUGAUUUCAUCAACAUUUGGAGAUGUAAAUUGCAGACCAUGAUAUCUUGUUUAGUUACCAAUCCUAUUUCUUGCUUGUAACUGAAGUGCAUAAUGCUGUAAACAUAUGAUUAGAGUACCAUUCUGUUCUUUGCAACAGAAGAGGCCUUUAGUGUUUGAGCUCAUUUUCUUGUGCUCUAAUCUACUUUGAAUUGUACUCUUCCUGUACCAUUGAUGAAUUAUUUAAAUUGGACAGAGAGAUUAAGAGCUUGUUUGGCC